AUGGCGACGCCGGUACCGGAGCUAUGGCAGAAAUGCAGCAGGGGGGAUUUCUAUGCGUCAAUGCAAUACUUGUCCAAGCAGCCUGCUACUACGGCUAUCAAAUUACUGGCCUUCUCCGAAGAUCAAGUUGAACAGGCCCAACAUACGACAGCAGACAUCUAUGAGAGGCUAUUGCAGGAGGCGAUACUCAAACCCCAAGACCUGGAGCCAGAUAUGCGAAGACGAAUGCAAGAUCGCCUUUAUGCGGCAAACAGACAAGAGAAUCUACACCGGUACAUCGGUAUAAGAUGGCAGUCUGAUUGGUGGAGAGCUUUCCAGUUCAACAAGCCGCCUAGCCGUCGAUUCCUCUUGCCAAUCAAAAAGAUAGCCAGGUCCUAUAACCUUCAGGAGGCGGUAUCAUUGAUUCAGUCCAAAAACCCGGGCUGGAAUUCACCUGCAGAGCGCCUCUUCAAUGACGUCGCCAAGGCCCUCGAUGGCGACCCGCAAACCUCGACCAAACGUCAUCAUCAAGACAGCGACGGCGAUUCAUUUGGCAACAGCGUCUCUAAAAAGGUCGCCAAGGGCACGAUCGACCGUCCUCGAACCCGAAACGAUCACGACGACGGCAGCGGCGAUACGGCGAGCCAUAUCAAGCGGAGAAAGGUGGUGCAGAAUUCGCCCGGCGAGGUGCCUGGGCGAGUCUCUCUUGAGUCGGUCGACGCAGACGAUGAGACGUCUGAACGAGACUCGACUCAGCCGAUCGACACAGACGGAAGUGGUCCAGAGCAGCACGCUGGGAAAGAUGGACCACAGCGGAACGACGGCGGCGAAUCUCCGAGGGAAAUUUCGCUCGGUACGCCAGAGCCGUCAGCGCCAAAUCCUCCUCCUCCUUUGCUGUGGGUGAUAGACAGCGAGGCUAUGGCGGCCACAGUGGUUACCCGGGGAGCCAACCUCGUCGAUGAGGACUUCGUAGCCGACGCUGCGAACAUCGAACAAGCUUGGCGAGACGAAUUCGUUUCGGCAUGCGCCGAUUUCGCCCAUAACAAGAUCAGUAAACGACGGUUGGAGCACCUGCAUCGUCAAAAUCCGAACGCAGGUCUGAAAGCGCUGGCUGAUAAACUUGCUGCGCAAGAGCAAGAUGCAACCACCAUCACCUUGCCUGAAACGUGGGACGAAGUCCUGCAAGGGGAUAAGCGAUCAGCCUUUCAGGACGAACCGAGAACGAAGCGAGCAGCCGCCUAUCAACGGGUCAAGGAUAGGCCUGCGGGGGAUGUUUGGGAUCAAAUGGUCGACGGGUGGGAUCAGUCGACACGGGAACUGCCACUCUAUGAGGGCACCGUGAAGAUGGAGACACGUGAUGCCGUCCCAUUAGGUUUCAAGAUCAGUGGACUCCUGUCGCCUAGCGAGGUGGCUGAGCUGACACAGACGAUCGAUGCACUCUGUCAUGGCUGGAUGAAUAGCCGUCCGAAGAAGGAACGAGAGGAAUGGCAGAGGGAGCGGGAGGAGCGGGAGGAGCGGAAGGAAGCCCCCGACGACUCGAACGACUCAGACGAAUAUCGCGAGUCGGACGAUCGCGAGUCGUCCGAAUAUCGCGAGUCGGACGAUCGCGAGUCGGACGAAUAUCGCGAGUCAGACGAUUGCGAGUCGGACGAAUAUCGCGAGUCAGACGAUUGCGAGUCGGAGGAAGAUCUCGAGUCAGACGAAUACCAUGGAGGGAAAAAUCGUCAAAAUUGUGCGAGUGAAGGCAGAGGUGCAGGGACUGGGGCCGGCAGGAAUAUCCCGGCGCCUUCCUGCGGCCGGCAUCACAAUUUCAAUGAGGCAAGUCCACAAAGAUUGUGA